UUGCGGCAGGGGCGGUCGCGUGCCUUGUGGUGCUGAAGCUGCGCGUCCAUCAGACGUUAACCACAACACAUCUUAGCCAGUAUCCUCAUGCGUGGGGGGGUUAUUUCUUAAAUAUCGCUGCAACUUAUUGUGGUUUUAAUUUCUAAAUAGUUAACCCGGAAAAGCGCUAACUUUGUCUCGUGCUGCUUUUUUUUUUUCUUUCUCUCCGAGGCGCGACGUCUCCUCAGUCCAAGAACCGCAUCCUUUAUGCACAGCACGCUGCUCCGGUCCUCCCCCACAGAGCACCAUGGCCGGCUCCAGUCCCACUCACUAGGCGGCAUGGAAGCCAAGCAGCACCCGAUAAAGAGCCUCAAAAGCUACCCGGAGACCGGUGGCCGGAGUCUGGCAGCAGCAGCAGCCGCCGCCGCCGCUGGAGGUGGGGGUGGUGGAGGAGGAGACGGAGGGAGUCGAGUCGGCGGUUCCACCGAGAUGGACAUGGAGACGAAAAUCCAGAAAGCCAUCGACUUCAAGGCCGAGGGGCACCGCUGUUACAAGGAGAAGAAAUUCCGUGAGGCCAUAGGUAAAUACCACCGGGCUCUGCUCCAGCUCAAAGGGGUUCACGUCGUCGAUGGGACGACCGGCUCUGAGGUCAACCUGCUGAGCCAAGCCGCGGCCAAGCUGACCGAGGAUCAGUGGAGAGCCGUGGAGAGCACCGAGAUAGAAUGCUACGACAGCCUGACAGCUUGUCUGUUGCAGUCCGAGCUAGUCAACUACGAACGAGUGAAGGAGUACUGCCUGAAGGUUCUGAGUCACCAGAGAGACCACUUCAAGGCCAUGUACCGUGCCGGCAUUGCCUUCUACCACCUGGGCGACUAUGAAUGUGCCCUACGCUACCUGAGAGACGCCAAGAGCCGCGAGCCCACAGAUACCAACGUGCUGCGCUACAUCCAGCUCACAGAGAUGAAGAUGAGCAAGAGUGGACUUCGAGAUCGGGACAUCGGCAAAGACACACAGGGCUGACCUUUGGCCUUUCUGCCCUUCUGACCCCACCCCCAUCCCUCCCCCUCUUAAUCCCAUUUUGACCCUUUCCCCUUGAAUCCUGCCCUGACCCUACUUACGAUGACAGCACAGCCGCACGCAGGACAAACGUUUAUCGGUGACAAGUGAAGGACAUCUUCCUCUUCUCCCGCUUCCUCCCUCCUCUUCCUCCCUUCCUCCUCUUCCUCCUGUUUGUCCCUCAGGUGCUGUGGCUCUUCUCCCUCAAGCGACGUGCUGUAUUAUCCCCACAUCACUUAGUAAAGCAUUUUAUUCCUUGCUCGUUAUCUUUUUCUCUGCCUUCUCUCUCUCCGAGGAGAACAUCAGGGUGUUGAAGGUGUAAUAAGAGAGGUCUACAUCGAAAAUCCGACCCAACAGUAGGGCUCACUCGGGCCCUUUAAGCAGACUUUGUCUCCUUUCUAGAUUUUCAUAACAAUUCUGGACUUUUUUUUUUCCAAUUAAGGGCUAAUUUAAAAUGUGUUUGUAAUCUUUCUUUGAAGUCUAACUGUCAGGUAUGCUUACGUUAGGAGCUGCAGUGUCUUGAGUUUGUUGUCCAAAAAAAAAAAAAGCCCGCCUCCCGACCCCCUCACCUGCGCCCUAGCCCCUCCCUCCCACCCCUCCAUCGGUAAUGAUGUCACACACAAAAACACACCUUUCUUAGGUAACUGAAAACAAGAAGAUAAUUCAUUCUCUUUAGCUAUUUAAGGUUAUGUUUAUUAUUUAUAAUAUAUUAGUUGUAUCAUUAUUCUGUAGUGAUAACUAUUUUAAUAUAUUUUUAUGAAUUAUGUAAUACUAUUUGCAAAAUAUAAAUAGAUAUAUUGGAUUAAAAUCAACACAUAUAUCAACAGGCCCACACAUUAUGAUUUUUAAUUAUGAUUUAUGUACUGUUUGAUCUUACCUUGCUGGCGUUUGAUUUUCCCACGCCAAAAUUAAUUGAUUUUAUUAUCCAUUUUAUUUUUUAAUUUCAUGAGAGCGGCACAAUAUCAGAUGUAGUCUUAUCUAAUAUGAUGAGAUUAUACAUUAACGUUGUAGUUGGUAAAUACAUAUGGCGUACCGCCACUUGAUACCAAUCUAUACCGAUUUGCGUUUGCCUUCUCAGCGUAUCAGUAAUAUAACAAUUCACAUAACUUGUAUGAAAAUGCAGAUACAAGUGUCUUAAAGCAGCACACAUCAAGUCUCGUCAUACUGUCGGCGUGGAGGAGACUCAACAAACAAUUGGUUUCCUGCCUCACGGGCACCCUCGGGGGGUUAGAUGUCGCUCUCUCUCUCUCUCCAUGGCAGCGCUCCAUCAUGUUAUUGUUUUUGCCAGCCUCCGCAAAGUCAUGUUCAACAUGUCAGAGCAAUCAAUGUACACCACAGUGCAGUACAGCUUCACACUCGGGGUGUCACAAGAUCCGGCCCGGGAUUUUCAUAAAUAAAUGUAUUCAUAACACAAUAACAGGCAAGAAGAGGUUAACCCUUGUUAACAUAGAACAACGGCAUGGACAGAGGGAGCCCUUUUGAGAGUCAUAUAAAGAGUUAUACGGUCUUUUUGUCUGGGUGGGUGGAGGCACGGCUGCUAGCAUACACACAGAACAGUGCAGAUCAGUAUAAUGUAGUACAAAUUAAACGAGUCGAUAUAUUAUCAUGGGCUUAGCGUGCAGACCUCACAGCUAGGAGACCCAAGUUCAAUUCCAUCCUCGGUUAUCUCUAUGUGGAGUUUGCAUGUUCUCCCCGUGCAUGCGUGGGUUUUCUCCGGGUACUCCGGUUUCCUCCCACAUUCCAAAAACAUGCUAGGUUAAUUGGCGACUCCAAAUUGUCCAUAGGUAUGAAUGUGAGUGUGAAUGGUUGUUUGUCUAUAUGUGCCCUGUGAUUGGCUGGCCACCAGUCCAGGGUGUACCCCGCCUCUCGCCCGAAAGACAGCUGGGAUAGGCUCCAGCGCCCCCGCGACCCUCGUGAUGAUAAGCGGUAGAAAAUGAAUGAAUGAAAACUUGGCUUCUUGUUAAUAUUACAGUGAAACCUCAGAUAGCGUAUGCCUCAGUUUAUGUCAAUUUCUGCCUCGGUUCACAUACAUUUUUCAGUUAGUGUACAAAUGUGGUACACAAAAUGUUUUAAUCACAAAACGUACUUGUAGUCAUCUUCCCCCAGCUCAUCUAUAAUGUCAUCAGCUGUUGACUCUGUAGUUCUUUUCUAACGAACACAGUUACACCACAAGUCUCUGCUGUUCUUUUGAUCACAGCUUUAAAAUAACCCACCAUGGAGCCAAAGAAGUUGCAAGUGCUAGCAUUUUGAUAAAUAAGGUGAGAAAUAGCGGUGCAGCAAUGACAAUUUUCUGGCCAAUCACCAUCUUAAAAAGCCUUACAUGCCGAUAUCGAUUUAUUAUUACACCUUCAAUUUUGUUGAAAAACAUUGAACAAUACCUGUGAAACAAUAUAAAGUUGUUGUUUUAACUGCACAUGAGGUAGUUCGAAAAUGACUACCCAAACUACUAAAUUACAUCAGAUCUCGCCCGAAGACAGCUGGGAUAGGCUCCAGCACCCCCCGCAACCCUCGUGAGUAUAAGCGGUAAAAAAUGAAUGAUAUAUUGUUGUAAAUCUUAUAUUUUUUCAUCGUAUUUUUCUUGUCUCGCGACCUCAGUGUCUUGUGACACCCCGACUGCACACCACAACAUGGAACUUUUUGGGGGACAGUGGAACCUCCAAAUGUAACAUAACAAUAGUAAGAGUACUGCAUUCUGCCACCUAGUGGUGGUUGGUAGGUUUUGUAACAUAAUUUGUCUCUGAUUGUUGAUUGAUUUAUGACUUCCCAAGAUGGAAGGUGAGCUACGCCGUUGACGUCUGAUCUAGUCUUGGUAGUUAGACAUUAUUUAUUGUUUUAUUGAGGUUAUAAAUUCCAUUUUUCUUUGAUUUUUGGGGACAUUAUGAGGUGAUAAAUCAAUCUACAGCAGUGACCCCUACCUAUUCGAGAAGUACUGAUCUACAAACACAUUUUGACAAUUGUAUCACCCUCAUUAGGGGCGUUAAUCAUAUUGCCCUUUGACCUUCUGAAGACAAUCGUCACAUUUUUCUGCAUCAUACUAUCCUUCAGAAUGUCUUACUUAUUGUACAUUAUUAGAAAUACACCAUGUCAACCUUCCUGUGUUCCAUGUUCUAUGGUUAUCAGCACACUUUCUUACUCUGUUUUUUUUUUCUGUGAUGGCGACACAAAAAUUGCCCCCCAAAAUUUUACAAGAUUUGCUUGAUUUGCAAGAUUAUUUUUUUUUUCAGAAAACUGCAGUUGAAGUGAAAAAAGAUUUGAGGGUGUUGGAUUUUGGAGGUUCCACUCAAUGAAUAACAGAUAAUAUGAGGCAUGGGUGUAAUUUUAAAAACAAGACAAACAAACAAAACAAAAAAAAGCACAACAAAAUGAAAUAGAAGAAAAUAAAAGAAGAGUUGAAUUUUUUCCUGCUUGUGUUAUCUGGGCUUUUUUUUUUUACUUUGAUGUCAUUUGAGGUAAAUGUUUGUCAAAGUUUUGUGACUAUAUAAAUGUACAAAAGAAGAAAAAACCUUUCUGGUUGUGAAAAGCUUUACUUUAUGGACAGAAUAGAAGAGCAAAAAAAAAAGAUAGAAGUAACUAUUAGCUCCUGUGCAGAGCUGCUUUGUGACUGUGUUUUUGUCAAUGUUUUCUUUCAAGAGGGAUCCUGAGCUGGUGCAAUGACCUUUGACAUUCCCGUCUGACCUGUCUGUGUACGAUAAGCCGAGCGCUAAUAUUGGACUGGAUGAGAACGCUGAGGAACUUGUACUUGUGUUCUUAAACACAAGAAAAAACGUCAACUUGUUUUGCUGUAUGGAGGAUUUCUAUUUGGCCUUGAACCUUUUUCCAGUUCUUUCCCCCUCUGACUUCCAGACAUCAUGACUGGGUUUUUUUCCACUGCUAGCCCAGGAAUGCAUUACUACUGAUUGGUCAGUGAUCAAUAAAGUUGCAAACAAAGCAGACAUAUGGAGAGUUUGUGUUGAAAUUAAAUAAAAAACUGAGUCACAUGUUUUUUUUUGCAUUAAAAAUACCAACAAAUUACUUCAUACUGUAUUUUUUUUACAUAAUUCUACUGCAUGUAUUUGAUUUGUCUAUUAUUGUGUUGUAAAAGGUAAACAGCGUACUGUACAAAAGAGUAUUAGGGCCUAAAAAAUAUAAUGUAAAAUAUGUAAAAAUAAAAAUAAUAUGUAAAAAAUUAUGCCAAAUUAUUAGA